AUGCCUCCUCGACGUGAAGGUCAACGAGCAAUCGAAGCUCAAAUGGCUCGAAUGUUAGAGACGGCGAUGCCCGCAAUCCAACAAGAAAUCAACAACGAGGUGGAACGCUAUCAAGCUGCUAUCCAAGCGUGGAACGAGCAACACGACCGGGUACCGCGUACUCGGAUGUAUAUCCACCGAGACCGUGAACAAGCUGGUUUGCGGCUUUUCAUGGAUUAUUUCUCUGCAGAUCCUCGAUGGAGUGAUCAGAUGUUCCGUUGCCGGUUCCGGAUGCGGAGGCAUGUGUUCCUGCGCAUUGUCAACGCAGUUGUGGCUCGUGACGCGUACUUUAUGCAAACCUUCGAUGCUGUCGGGCGGCAAAGUAUAUCGACUUUGCAGAAAUGCACAUCCGCCCUCCGCCAACUCGCUUACGGAACAACUGCAGAUAUGUUUGAUGAGUACCUCCAUGUGAGCGAGCAUACUGGACGCGCUUGCCUAGCCAAAUUUUGUCGGGCAGUGAUCGAAGCAUUCAAGGACACAUACUUGAGAAAGCCAACGUCCGACGAUGUUCGCAGAUUGGUGCGAAUGCACGAGGAGACCCACGGCUUCCCGGGGAUGCUGGGCAGCAUCGACUAUAUGCACUGGCAGUGGAAGAAUUGUCCAAUGGCUUGGAGAGGAGCAUUCACUAGCGGGCACAAGGGCACACAUCCAACGAUUGUGUUGGAGGCCGUUGCCGACUACCGGUUGUGGAUCUAG